AUGAAGGUCUUCCUCGUACAGCUUUCACCGUUGUUGAGGACAACGAGAACAAUUCGCUCUCGUCUCAGUCUCUCGUACACUCUGAUCGGCGUGCAAGCUAUCCUAGGACUUAUCUUGACUUUUGUUUUCAUCGGAAGCUCGAAAGAACUCGCUGCUGCUUUUGUUCCACGGGAAGUUAGAGAGACAAGUUUGGAUUAUGUGAGAAUCUCAUCAGUGCAGGCGUUAUCGUCUGCUCUUGAGGUUGCUGUUGCGUCGGCUACGAGGGCGUUGGAUCAUCCUGAUGUUCCGCUUGUGAUUAGCUCUGUCAAGUUCGUGGUGAACAUCAUUUUGGACCUGCUUAUCAUCUUGAGAUUUCAUGUUGGGAGUAGAGAGCCUACCGUCAAUGGACAGGCACUGAUACGAAUGGCGUGUGAUUUGACUUCGGCAUUGACGGGACUGGUGUACUUUGUCUUCAUUGCUUUGAAGAUGCAGCGACAAUCUCAUGACGAAGAGAAGGUGAAGCCGAGUUAUAAAGCACUGAAGACGUUGGUCAGACCAGGUAUUCCGACGUUUUUGGAGUCGGCGAUAAGGAAUGCGAUAUAUCUCUGGUUGAUUCAUGGAAUCGUUGAUAUGGGUUCCGAUUAUGCCACAGCCUGGGGUGUCUUCAAUACCAUCCGAUGGGGAAUCGUAAUGGUUCCCGUUCAGGCUCUCGAAGCGUCGACCUUGACUUUCGUAGGACAUGCUUGGGGGAAAUGGAGGAACCAGGUUGGACCGGAACGAGAAAGAGCGAAGGCAACGAAGAAAGAUCUGAGUGUCAUCACACGUCCGGCGUGGAUAUCAUGCAUCAUCGCACUCGCCAUCGAAAUACCAUUCUGUAUCUUCCUUUCGAUCUGGGGUAUCGACGGCUUUGCCUUCUACCUGUCUCAAUCUGAGCCAGUUGCCAACAUUACACAAAGAAUGUGGCGUACUAUUGACUGGUGUUACAUCUUCUACGCCUUGAACUAUCAGAUCUCGGCGAUUUUGCUAGCCACAACGACGAACUGGUAUCUGAUCCAAGCACUUGGCUCCAACCUCCUAUGGAUGCUUCCAUGGGCCAUAGCCGUCACUAGAAUGGGCAUGACACCUUCGAACGCAUGGAAAUACCACUCGGUUAUUUUCGGCGGCUCGCUAGUCUUUUCUUUCUUCAACGUUUGCGCCAUUCUUGCACUUUGGGCAUGGCUUCUGACGAAAGGGAAAGUCAGCUUGGCUCCGGUACGUAGCUCUCUUUGA